AUGUUUUCGACGUCGUGCUUCAAGGUUCCGUGGCUAGUCGUGUUAGCUAUUGUGCAGAGUAGCCACAGUGCUUCGCCAAGUUGGCUGACCAAUGGUACAAUCCAAGCGACUAUCAGCACCAUCUUCGCUCAAACCGAUCACAUCGAUAUCGUUUUUAAUGAGUUUGAAACUGAUCAAAUCGAGCAGCAGAUUAAUUAUCUAGUUCACGAAGGAGUCACACUGCAACAGAAGACGUUUCGUAUCUACGGGUUCAAUGCUUCCGCUGAAGAUGUCUGCGUGGGUGCUGACACCAACUUACCUGAUGAACCAGAUCCAGGAGAAAUGAUCGCUAGAGUUUUCGAUCAGGAGUUCGUGUUCAUCCGUUGGGACAAAACAUAUCAGACAUUUGCUAAGAUUUGGGUGCAGAACCAUCACGGUGGUUAUGUGCUGUUUACUGAUUUGCAUUCUCUUGAGACCCUAAUCAGAUGCAUGUUGGACCCUACCGGAACAUAUCUGAUCCUUCUCGAUUCUAAAGGAGUCGAAUUCACUGAAUUAGAGCGCUUGCUGAAGUCCAUUUGGAGGCGGGAAGGAGUGUUACGAUUUUUCGUGCUGACGGCCGAGCGAAUGCUUGUAUUCAACCCAUUUUUAAUUCGGAACUCUACCUAUGGAUCUGUAGUUGAGGUGAAUAGUGCCUCCGCAAUUCCACAGGUACCGGAACGUAACUUUAAUCGUUACCCGCUACGAAUCGACAUAUUCAAAUCAACAUACAGCGACACAAUCGCCGGUAAAACUGGUGCCAAGUUCGACCUAUCCGGUCCAGAUGUCGUCCUCAGCUGGGUGUUUGUCAAAAAAUUCAAUUUUACCCCCAUUCGUCUACCGCCCGACAAGGAUAACUUCGGAGUUCGCCUGCCGAACGGCAGUUACAAUGGUGCCAUUGGGCGACUUCUGAGACGCGAAAGUGAUGUCUGUUUCGUUGGAUUCUUCGUGAAGGAUUACUUCACCCGUGACAUAGAAUUCACUACUGGAGUGUACGCCGAUGAAAUGUGCUGCCUGGUGAAGAAGGCUAGCAGGGUGCCGGAAUAUCUGUUGCCCAUCACAAUCUUUCCAGCCGACCUUUGGUCACUUCUGGUUGUGGCAGGACUGGUCUGCACCGUCAUGUGGAUCGCUCUUCGAGCGGGCAUACAGGCGACGAUGAAAGAUCACUCAAGGUGGUCCCAGAAGUAUCGGUUCGCGUACUUGUUUAACCUCUCCGAUGAAAUUAGGGACGCCCCAUUGUAUCGGAAGUUAAUUCAGAUCUGCAUCGAUUCAUAUCUGCUUCUGUUGAGUGCGACGUAUCUUCGAUUCACCCGCUCCGGAAUUGAGAGACUUUUUCUUUUCGGCAUUCUGAUGGUAAGCCUAGUUAUUGUGUCGUUGUUCCAAUCGGGUUUGGCGUCGGUGUUUGUGAAUCCCGUUUACUACAAAGACAUCAACAGUCUUCAACAACUGGAUCAAGCGGGCUUAAGAAUACCGGUAAAGUAUAAGGGUUUUAUGGACGAUGUAUUUCCGGCAAACUACAGCGUCAUGAUGGAAUCGUUACGCAACAAGAUGGAGCUGCGAAUAAUGAACGAAACUUUGCUGUCAUACGUAGCUCGGGUGGGUAAGGUUGCCACUGUGACACGUAAAACGACACUGUCCCUCGAUAAUGCCAUCUUCCUGACGACCAAGCAACUGUACAUGAUUCCGGAAUGUCCCCGAACGUACAGUCUGGCGUAUGUAGUUUCCCGACAUUCGGUGCUGUUGGAUCGAAUUAAUGACUUUCUGCUGCGACUAUUGGAUGGUGGUUUAAUCAAUCACUGGAUUAGCGUUAUGAACUUCAACGUGACGCUGCAGCAAAGGGAAAAGGUGAGAAAUUUUGAAGAACCAGGGCUUAAGGUUCUGACGGUACUGGAUUUACAGUUUCCAUUCUACAUGCUAGUGAUAGGGCUUGGAAUUAGUGCGGUUGCAUUUGUGGCUGAAUUGAUGUAUCUCAGGGAUCCAGCGUUCCAGGAUUUUAUGAAUAAUAAAGUUUUCAGCGGAACGUCGGGAGGAAUUCAGAACGAGCUUAUAGAAUGCAUUGAAAGCUACAUGCUUCAAACAAUUAAAAGAGAAGUUCUUGAGUUCGUGUCCAUUAUGAUGGAUGAAUCAACAGAUUCGGCUCGGUUAUCGCAACUAUCUUGUACUCUGCGCUACUUACGACCCGAUGGAACACCAGUUGAAAGGCUCGUGAGAUUGGCAGACGUUAGCAGUGACAAAACCGCCGCUGCGUUGGCCGGACACGUUGAUGAAAUAGCAGCGUAUUUUGGUCUUGAUGGUGACAAAGUUGUAGCUCAGAACUAUGAUGGAGCUGCUGUAAUGUCCGGGGACAAAUCUGGAGUGCAAACAUUGGUGAAGCAACGGUUUCCAAAAGCUGGAUAUAUCCACUGCCGCGCACAUGUGCUUAGUUUGGUGCUACUUCACUCGUGCACAAAUAACAAGAAAUCAGCAAGGUUUUUCAACACGAUCUCAUCACUCGCGGCAUUUUUCUCGCAGUCACCUAAACGCAGCGAGACAUUAAAGCAAUUUAUGGAGACCCACAUACCAAAUGUUUGCAAGACCAAAUGGUCGUAUAAUUCGCGUAUGAUCAAAAUAAUUGAUUCGAAUUAUGCAGCGAUUAAUGAAUGUUUAGAUGUACUGUAUCAAAUUUUGCAAACAAAAGAAUUGGACGUAGUAGAAUGUUUACGUAACGUCAAGGCUUGCCUCGCUUCUAUCGAAGAGCUCAAAGCAGAGCAUCAUUUCUACAGAACGCUUAAUGAUGCAAUUGAUGUUUCUGGCGAAACGAUCACUGAUAGCAACGGUAUCAAUUAUCGUCCCAUAUAUGACUUUAUCAUUGACAAAAUUAUUGACGAAAUGUCUAAACGAUUCAAAGAACUAGAUGAAUACAAAUUCAUCAUUUUGUUGAAUCACGAAAAAUUUGCCGAAUUCAAUGUCACAUUCCCUACAAAGAAUUAG